CUUCCUUAUCAGGCCCGCGGUGCAGUCCGUGGACCUGAAACUUUGGUUGUGGUUCACCAAAUGAUAGGCAAAAGUACCCUCCUCAGCAGCCCGUUUGAGUUCAGCACUGCCAGCGCUAACUUUACUGAAGUAAGUGGCCACACUGCUAGCCCCUGCCCCUACCCACUGCUUGUGGUUCGCUGUUUUGAGGUGGUCUUUAACAUCAGCACUACCACCAUGAGCGAUGGAGAAGGAGCACUUACAGUGUGUGCAGUAAGCUUCAUGUUCAGCACCCUGGACUUCUCGGAGAAAGGGGUGGAAUUAUCACGUGAUGCGUGAUGUCAUGCCCAAGGGAUCGAUUGGAACAGCAAGAACAAUUCUUUUGUUUCUGCUUUACACUGAACACAUUUGGGUUUGAGAUCAAAAGAUGAAUAUGAGCCGAUAGAUCAGAAUUUCAACUUCAUUUCCUGAUCUUUACAUCUAGAUGUGUUCAGCAACAGAACACGACACCUUUGGAGGCAGACCACCCAAUGGUUAGAAUGAUGAAGAGAAAGAGAUCAGACUCACCAGAACCCAGCUGUGUGUCCAUGAAGAGUGACUGGUCAAUGGAACCCCCAUAUAACUUCAGAGACAGAGACAGUCCUGCUGAUCUGAGAAUGAUGAAGAGAAAGAGAUCAGACUCACCAGAACCCAGCUGUGUGUCCAUGAAGAGUGACGGGUCAAUGGAACCCCCAUAUAACUUCAGAGACAGAGACAGUCCUGCUGAUCUGAGACCACAAAAGAAGAAAUCAAACAUCAGCAGAAAGCAGCUGGAGUCCAUAUUCAAGGAGCUGGAACACAAAGUCAUCAGUGUGAUCCAGAAGGAGCUGAAGAGGUUUAAGAAGCUCCUGAGUCCAGAUUCCCCAGCAUGCUCUGAGAGGGAGGUGGAGGAUGAGGAGGAUCAGAGCAGUGUCAGAGAGGGAGUGCUGAAGAUCACACUGCACUUCCUGAAGAACAUGAACCACACAGAUCUCGCUCACGCACUGCACAACAAACACGUCUCUGUGUAUCGGCAAAAGCUGAAAUCCAACCUGCGAGAGAAGUUUAAAAGAGUUAAUGAAGGAAUCUCACAGCAUGGAAGCUCAGCUCUUCUGAAUGAGAUCUACACAGAGCUCUACAUCACAGAGGGUUGGAGUGGAGACGUCAAUAAAGAACAUGAGGUGAGACAGAUUGAGACGGCGUCCAGGAGACCAGCAACACAGGAGACACCCAUCAAAUGUAAGGAUCUCUUUAAAGACACGUCCAUCAGAAGCGUGCUGACUAAAGGAGUUGCUGGAAUUGGAAAAACAGUCUCUGUGCAGAAGUUCAUUCUGGACUGGACUGAAGGAGAAGCAAAUCAGGACAUCACCUUCAUGUUCCCACUUCCCUUUAGAGAGCUGAAUCUGAUGAAGGAGAGAAAUCUCAGUCUGAUGAAUCUUCUUCAUCACUUUUUCCCAGAAAUGAAAGAAUUAUGCUUAAUAGGCUGUGAUAUGAACAAAGUCCUGUUGAUCUUUGAUGGUCUGGAUGAGUGUCGACUUCCUCUAAAUUUCCAAAACAAUGAGAGAUUGUACGAUGUGACAGAGUCAGCCUCAGUGGAUGUGCUGCUGACAAACCUCAUCAAGGGGAAUCUGCUUCCCUCUGCUCUCCUCUGGAUAACCUCUCGACCAGCAGCAGCCAAUCAGAUCCCUCCUGAGUGUGUAGACCAGGUAACAGAGGUACGAGGGUUCAGUGAUCCUCAGAAAGAGGAGUACUUCAGGAAGAGGAUCAGUGAUCAGAGCCUGGCCAAUAAAAUCAUCACACACAUGAAGUCUUCAAGAAGCCUCUACAUCAUGUGCCACAUCCCAGUCUUCUGCUGGAUCUCAGCCACUGUUCUCGAGAGACUGUUGGGUGAAGCAGAGAGUGGAGAGAUCCCCAAGACUCUGACUCAAAUGUUCACACACUUCCUGAUCUUUCAGAUCAAACACAAGGAGCAAAAGUACCAUCAGAAAUGUGAGCCUGAUCCUCAGCAGACCAGAGCGAGUAUCCUGGCACUGGGAAAACUGGCUUUCCAACAGCUGGAGAAAGGAAACCUGAUCUUCUAUGAGGAAGACCUGAGAGAGUGUGGCAUUGAUGUGAGAGAAGUGUCAGUGUACUCAGGAGUGUGUACCCAAAUCUUCCGAGAGGAGUUUGGGCUUCACCUGGGGAAGGUCUUCAGCUUCGUACAUCUGAGUGUUCAGGAGUUUCUGGCUGCUUUAUACACGUUUAUCUCCUUCAUCAGCAGAAAAGUAACAGAACAACAAACCACUGAUCUGUCUAAUCUUUUCACCAAAUCAAACAUGUCUGAUUUCCUCAGGAGUGCAGUGGACAAGGCCUUACAGAGUGACAAUGGACACCUGGACCUGUUCCUCCGCUUCCUUCUGGGUCUCUCACUGGAGUCCAAUCAGACUGUCUUACGAGACCUACUGCCCCAGACAGGAAGUAGUGCUCACAGCAAACAGGAAACAGUCGAGUACAUCAAGGGAAAGAUCAGGGAGAAUCCAUCUCCAGAGAAAUCCAUCAAUCUGUUCCACUGUCUGAAUGAACUGAAUGAUCAUUCUCUAGUGCAGGAAGUACAAUGUUACCUGAACAGAGGAGAUUCCAGGCGUCUCAGUGGAGUCAGUCUCUCUCCUGCUCAGUGGUCAGCUCUGGUGUUUGUGUUACUGAAUUCAGAACAGGAGCUGGAUGUGUUUGAUUUGGGUAAAUAUGACCCAUCAGAGGAAUGUCUUCUGAAGCUGCUGCCAGUGGUCAAAGCCUCCAGAAAAGCUGAGUGAGUGUUAUUUUUAUUUAUAAAUGUAUUACU